UCAAAAACCUCCAAAAAAGCUCAUUAUUAAAGCUCAUUAUUAAGGAUUUCUUUCCAAACUUGCAAGUUACUAACCUCCCUCCCUCUUUCUCCGUGAACCACAAUUGGUAAAAAUAUCAAACACCCAUUACUUUUUAUAGAUUUGCCUCGUUUUUAUUCCACACCACAAUCUCACUCCCUAUAAACUCUAACUUCCCACACUCCCCCCCCCCCACUUGCUUCUCACACUAUCCCACCACACUCCACCACCAUGACACUCUCCCAUCUCCUCCUCCCAAUAACCAUUCUCCUCCUCUUUUACUCCUCUUCGUCCUCGGCCUCGCCCAUUUCCGACUCCACCAUCCUCCUCCGCGUUAAAAUCAACCAAAUACUCGACCCUAACAACCGCCUCUCGAAUUGGCUAAUCCACGAUGAUCACUCCAAUAACACAAAUAACCACUCACAUUGCCACUGGACUGGCAUUACCUGUAACCCCCUCUCCUCCGUUGUCGCGGUCAACCUCGACAACCUCGACCUCUCCGGCCCCUUCCCUUCCGGCUUCUGCCGCAUUCCCACCCUCCGCAACCUCUCCAUCUCCAACAACUUCUUUAACAACAUCACCUCUCUCUCCCUCUCCCACUGCUCCCACCUCCACUCCCUCAACCUCUCCAGCAACGAAUUCUCCGGAAACCUCCCGGAUUUCUCGCCGGAGUUCACCUCUCUGUUUUCCUUAGACUUCUCUUCCAACAACUUUUCCGGUAAAAUUCCCCGGAGUUUCCGGUACUUAUCCUCCGUAACAGUUUUACGCCUCUUCAGUAACUACCUAACUGGCCCUGCUUUUCCCGAGUUCAUCACCAAUUUAACUCGGUUAACUCACUAUGAACUCGGUUACAAUCUAUUUGAUCCUUCUGAGAUACCGACCACCAUUGAAAAGUUAUCGAUACUCGAGGUUGUUUGGUUAACCGAAUCGAAUCUCACCGGAAAGAUUCCGGAAUCUCUCUGUACUUUACAAUCAUUGAAAAGCUUCGAUGUCGCAACAAAUUCUCUUUCUGGUGAGAUUCCGAAAUGUAUCGGAAACCUAACGAAUCUCUGGGAAUUAGAGCUUUUCGAUAACAAAUUUUCCGGCGAGUUGCCGGAAAAUUUGGGAAAAUUGAAGAACUUAUAUCUUUUCGAUGCAUCUCAGAAUAAUCUCACCGGAAUGUUGCCGGAAAGUCUCGCCGCUUUACAACUAGGGUCGCUGAAUUUAAAUGAUAAUCUUUUACGAGGGAAUAUUCCGGCCAUUUUAGCGGAAAAUAAGAACCUCUAUCAGUUAAAGCUUUUCAACAACAGCUUUUCCGGCGAACUUCCGGCGAAUUUGGGAUCAAAAUCAAUAUUGAACGAGUUUGAUGUGUCGACAAACAAUUUUUCCGGUGAAUUUCCGACGACUCUUUGCAGUGGGAAGCAACUCUGGCAGAUUAUUACCUUCAACAACAGAUUUUCCAGUAAAUUUCCUGAAAUUUAUGGAAAUUGCAGUUCAUUAAGUUAUGUAAGAAUUAGCAACAGCAAUUUUUCCGGCGAAUUUCCUCAAAACUUCUGGAAUUUACCUCAUCUUGAUACUGCUGAUCUUCAGGAUAAUCAUUUUGAAGGUACUCUGCCUCCUAUUAUCUCAAAUUCGUUUAAUUUAUCAAGACUUUUAAUUUCCGGCAAUAAUUUCUCGGGAAAUUUACCUUCGGAAAUUUGUGGAUUGAAGAAAUUAAUUGAGCUUUAUUUGGGUGAAAAUCGGUUUACUGGAGAGUUGCCAAGUUGUAUAACGGAAUUGAAAGGAUUGCAGAAGUUAGAAUUGCAGGGGAAUAUGUUUUCCGGGGAGUUUCCGAUGAAUGUGAGUUCGUGGGUUCAAUUGACAGAUUUGAACGUAUCGAGGAAUAGGUUUUCCGGGGAGAUUCCGAGUCAACUUGGUGAGUUACCGGUGUUAAAUUAUCUCGACUUGUCGGAUAAUUUAUUUUCCGGUGAGAUUCCGGAGGAGUUGACUAAACUCAAGCUCAAUGAGUUCAAUCUUUCGAAUAAUCAACUAGAGGGACAAGUCCCUCCGGGUUUUAAUAAUAAGUAUUGUGUUGAUGGUUUGUCGGGUAACCCGAGACUAUGUAGCUCGAAUCUUAAAUCAUUUCCAUCGUGUCCUAAACCUAUACCCGUGUCAUUCUUGGUAUCUUUCUUAUCGGUUUUAGGUUUUGUUCUCAUGUCCUCUAUUUCCUUGCUUUGCAUUACCAAGGUCCAAACAGAUGGUGAGUUUAAGAAAAGGAGACAUCCAUUUAAAAUGGUUUCCUUUCAAAGGGGUGGGUUUAGUGAGCAAGAAAUAUUCUCUCGCCUUACGGAAGAGAAUGUGAUUGGGUCUGGUGGGUCAGGUCGGGUAUAUAGGGUUACACUCAACUCGGGUCAUGUUAUAGCAGUUAAGAAGUUAUGGGGUGGUGAGGACAAGAACAUGGAUAUGGGUUUAUUGUUCAAGUCUGAGGUUGAGACCUUAGGGAGUGUACGUCAUGGGAAUAUUGUAAAAUUGUUGUUCAGUUGUAUAGGAGAGGGUUUUAGGGCUUUAGGGUAUGAGUAUAUGGAAAAUGGGAGUCUAGGAGAUGUUUUGCAUGGAGAAAAGGGUGGUGAGAUCUUAGAUUGGUCUCGACGAUUUGCAAUAGCUUUGGGUGCGGCUCAAGGGUUAGCCUACUUGCACCAUGAUUGUGUCCCGGCUAUCAUCCACCGUGAUGUAAAGUCCAACAACAUAUUGCUUGAUGACAAGUUCCUGCCAAGGAUUGCUGAUUUCGGACUUGCUAAGCCAAUGAUAAAGCCUAGAGGCAUGGAGGAUGGAGAGAGCGCUGAGGCCAUGUCGCGGAUAGCUGGCUCUUAUGGCUACAUUGCACCUGAAUAUGGCUACACGCUCAAGGUGACAGAGAAGAGCGAUGUAUACAGUUUUGGGGUGGUGCUAAUAGAGCUAGUAACAGGGAAGAGACCAAAUGAUGCAUCCUUUGGGGAGAACAUGGACAUAGUGAAAUGGAUGACAGAAGUAGUGUUACAAUCUCACGAGUUUGAUCAAGCAAAGCAGCUGAUAGAUCCAAGAAUGUAUCCAGAUACAUGUAACUAUAAACAGAUAAAGAAGGUGAUUGAAAUCGCGAUCCUUUGUACAUCAGCUUCCCCUGCGAACAGGCCAACCAUGAGAAGAGUUGUUGAUAUGCUCAAGGAUCAAGUCACAUUGACAGUAGAUACAAAAUGAUCCUCCUAUAUAUUGUUUUCUUAGUUAGCAUGUAGAGCUCUAGUCUGUAUCCUAUUAUUUGUAAAAUUUGUCUAGUUCUCUUCUCUUUGAGAAUUGUAUAUCUAGAUUCUAGAAUAGUAUGGCAAGUGAUCUGUCCAAUGUCCUAACUCCUAGUCUCCUAUAUACAAAACUGCUCAUAACAUGGUAUAUACGGAGUAGUGGAUUAUCCUUAUCAAUCUAUUAUUUAUGUCAUCCUCCGCAAUUGUAUUAUUUCCUCUAU